AUGAAUUCUCCUCCUGGUGCUUCUCUGGGUCUGUUUUUUAUGCUUUUGGGCUUCCUGUUCUUGUCCUUGAAUGUCAACGGGCUGGGAACAUCGAAUAGGGUUGAAUUGUCGGAUUUAGCCAAACAGCUCGGUGGUGGGGUUGGCUGCAUGGCAUUCAAGAAGAAUGACGGAUGUGGAAGAGAAGAUGGAUGGAAAGAAGGGUGCUGCUUGUCAGCCAUGGAAAAAGAAAUAGAUAACAAACAGACGGAUAUCCAAACUGAGGCUCUACAAGGAGUCAUUCCUCUCCAAGCCCCUGGAAAGAAAAAUCUGGAAAUUAGCGGAGCUCCCGCUGAUGAGCUUGUCGUUGUCAUUGGCGAGCUCUUGUGGACUACUCCUAUUAGUGGUACUAAUGGAGGUACCUCUACUGUGCCACCUCCUUCAAAGAAGGCUGGUAUAGCAAAGGCCCAGGCCCAGGCAUCAUAUGUGGCUGUCCAGCUGGUUGGUUUUAAACUUAACCAAGAAAGAGGCAACUUUUAUGCCAUCAACACUAGAAGUACGGAAGAGACUUGGACCAUCCAAGCUCUUCCAAAGGCCAUCAGUCCUUACGUCGCGUGGUAUAAGGAAUGGACGGGAUAUCCUGUCCAACGAAAUGGCCAAAAGAAGAAACGAGACGCCCAAUGA